AUGCCUCACGACCACGACCUCCGACACCGCCUGAUGACUAGCCAUAUGAAUGGCGCCGCAGCCGCGCCGAAUCCCCUGCCGGAGCGCCGCGACGCUACCGUCACGAACCCAAUCCUUGCCGACCCAGCUGCUGUCGCCGAGGCCCCCACCCCGCCUCUGAUCACAGUCAUGGGCCCCAGCGACGCCCCCGAUGCGGGCCUCAGAAGCCUCAAUCAUUAUAAGAGAGCGCUCCCACCAUGGCGAUACCGACUGCGGCAGUGGCUGCUGCCACUGAUCCGAUGGGAGACACCCUACUUGGCCUAUCUGCAGGAAACGAUGCGCACCCCGUGGCUCGAUAGUUACUUUGCCAUCACGGCCAAUCUCGGUACUCAUACCUUCUUCAUGAUCGGUCUGCCCAUGCUCUUUUGGUUCGGGUACGCCUCUUUUGGCAAAGGUGUUAUCCACAUCCUAGCCGAGGGCGUCUUCUUUACAGGCUUCAUCAAGGACUUCUUCUCUCUCCCAAGACCGCUAUCCCCGCCGCUACACCGAAUUACCAUGUCUGGAUCUGCUGCAAUGGAGUACGGCUUUCCAUCAACACAUAGCGCCAAUGCCGUGUCAGUGGCCGUGUACGCUGUAUUGCUCCUUCGCAGCCCUGACAAUAUCAUGCCAGAGACGACCAAGACUGUCUUGGAGGGCUUAGCAUAUUUUUAUGCCAUUUCCAUCGUAUUCGGUCGACUGUACUGCGGUAUGCAUGGCUUUAUCGACGUUGUUGUAGGUUCGGUCUUGGGUGCCGUGAUUUCUCUCGUCGAAUUCUACCACGGCCCGCCGCUAGAUUCGUAUAUGCACAGCAGCUCAUGGUGGGCGCCUGCCAUCGCCGCCCUUGUUGUCAUCGUCCUCGUGAGGAUACAUCCUGAGCCCGCAGACGACUGUCCCUGCUUUGACGACAGCGUAGCCUUUGCCGGAGUCAUGAUUGGUCUCGAGAUUGGAACAUGGAUGUACGGGCGGACCUCAAUUGAUACAUUCAGAGGGUCUGCCCAUAGUGUCGAGUCCAUUGAUCUCAGUGCGCUGGGCUGGCACAUUGUGCUGGCCCGCGUUAUAUUUGGCGUCUCUGUCAUCCUUGUAUGGCGAGAGGUCAUGAAACCGACCAUGCUUAGGGGCCUCCCUCACCUUUUCCGUCUUCUGGAGAAGGUCGAGUGGAAUCUUCCCAGACGUUUCUUCACACCGGCGUCCAUGUACAAAUCUAUCGACCCAGGUUCGAGGAUGGAUACGCUUAUUCCCAAUGUCAGAGACUUGCCCCGCGUGGUUCAGUCCAUUCGUCACCCGACAACGCGCGGCCGCUCUGUAUCGAUCGGACCCCAAAGUGCAGCCGAUGCGUACGAGACACUCGCAUACCGGGAGCGCCGGCGCCGGGAGAGCAUCGGCAGCAACGGCAGCAUCAAGAGCAAGGGCAGUAUGCACGAGCUCCGGGAGAAGAGCGGCGAUUGGGAAGGAAAGGGAACAACAUCCGGUGUUCAAGGUCACCACGGCAACUCGCUAAACGACUUUGAGCGCAUGAUGGGUACAGGGAGCGUGUUGGCGAGCCCAAGCGAGGAGAAGGGCGAGGUGGAGCUAAGGGUCGGCCAGCAGGAUGAGAUCAGUGAGAAGGAAAUGUUCCUUCGACUCAUCCGCCCCCGAGUCCGUUACGAUGUUGAAGUAGUAACCAAACUGGUUGUUUAUACAGGUAUUGCAUGGCUGGGCGUCGGCUUGAUCCCAAUGAUGUUCGAAUUGAUCGGCCUUGGAUCGAACCAUCUCCGCACUGCCUGA